GCCUCACAGUAACUUAGCCCUACCCUUGACCCUGACGGACGUAUCUCCUCCCUAAAAAAAAAUCUCUAAACUCGGCUGCCUCAGGAUGGGGCAGGCCCAAUUGAUUGCCCAUCUUGGACCGACCCAAACACUUUCGACAGUACGACAACCCAAAAGUAGCAGACAGAGAGACCCUGUAUGUGGCUGUGGUUCAACUACCUACCAAGGCUUCCUGACCAUUCUUGCGUAAUUUCCCGCCUUCUAUCUCUAUCUGGGACUUCUGGGUCCCUGGGUUUCCCGACUGCGUUUAUAACAAGCGGCCAUGCACGGUUCGAGAGCCUAAUCCAAUCGAGGAUCACUCACUACUACUACCACUACUACUACUACUACUACUACUACUACUACUACUACCACCACCACCACCACCUUUUCGGCCUUCAUUGUCCCUAUUCUCGGCUUCUUCGUCUCUUCAACUCGGCUCACAGAAGACCGACGCUCUUCCCCUGCACCCCCAACUAAGCUACCCUCCAUUCUCCUCUUCCUACCCCUACAUGGCUAUGCCAUUGCUUUCUACCAUAUAACCCUCCUCAAUGGACGAGGGUCCUGAUUCUAAAGCUCCUCGCC